AUGCCAGACAUGUACGCCUUCCAAGCAGGCGUUCAGCCAACAGACCAGAAAGACAAGACCUCAGCCCCUCAAUUCACACCGAAUAUCCUCCCUUGUCAAAUCCAUCACGAUGGCCCAAUCGAAUCCACAGACCGGUUCUGGACACCCGUAUCAGACGCGCAAGACGGUACACAGACUUCGCAUUUCCGAGGGCGUAAACUUCGUGGGCGACGAGUUGCCAUUCCGGAGGGGUAUCAAGGAGUCGUUGCAGUUCCGACUGAUCUUAUCCUGCAAGUACCUCAGGAAAACAAGGCUGAUUCGGGAGAAGACUCGGACGUUAUUGAGAUUCAACCGGAGGAGCCAGUCAAGGUUCUUGAGAUGCAGGGAACAUUCGAUGAGAUGAUUGUAUGGGGGCAUGAGGCUCUUCCUGCCGCAGACGAUACUUUCGUUAAGGGUGUAGAGGAGUGGAUGGGGUUUGCUGAGACAAUGCAUGGGACGCCUAUAGCAGCUACAAAUGGAGGCAAGGAAUAG